AUGUCGGCAAUCGAGGAUUCACAGCGAAUAGAGGCGCUCGAGUCCGAGUCUCGAAGGCUGACCGAAACUCUCGACAAGAAGAACCGCGAGAUUGCGAAUCUGAACGCCGAGUUUGAAACCACGCAGACGAGGUUGCAGGAGUCGCGCAAGACCGUGGUCGAGCUUGAGAACAAGCUGCAGCAGGCUGAGGCUGAGAAGCUGAAGAGCAAGGAGAUUGAACUUCUCAAAAGCAACAACCAAUGGCUAGAUUCCGAGCUGUCCGCCAAAUCAACCGAAUUCUCCACGUUCCGCAAAGAGAAAUCCGCUCAGAUCUCCAAGCUCAAGACCGAGCUCGACAGCACGCAUGCCGACGUAGCAACCCUCACGAGCUCAAAGGAGGCGCUCACGAGCAGAGUCGAAGAGCUGAGCAAGAAUCUCGAGACCGCGCUCGUAAAAGUCAAGAGCUUGAGCGACGCAAACUCGGAAAUGGAGGAAGGGUUUAGAAAGGAGAUGGCUAGUCAGCAGAGACUUGCUGCUCUUUGGGAACGGUCGGCCAACGAGGCCCGCACGCGCGUAUCUGAGCUCGAAGAAGCGCUCGAGGCUGAGCGUGAGAAGGAAGGCCAGAUGGCCGCUAGCUGGCAGGCUGUCGCAGAGAAGGAAUCAGAGCGUGCAGAUCAAGCCGAGGCCAAGCUUGCAGCUCUCGAGACCGAGCUCGAAAACCUUCACGCCGAACAGGAGAAGCUCGAAGAGCAACUGCAAGGUCAGCUGCAGCAGUCAUCCAGCGCUGAUGAGUUUCGUGCUAGUCCUGCUACUCCGUUGCGCAGCGGACCUGGCGGUUCCGGAAUGUCGCCCGUCGCCAUAUUUUCACCCUCGGCGCAUGCUAUCGCGCAGGUUCAAAAGAGCGGAAUCUCACUCACACAGCUCUACACCGACUUUACAAAAGCCAAGCACCAGCUCGAGUACGAGCGCAAGCGCAACAAGACUCUUCAGCAGAACUUUGACGAACUCAUUCAAGAUCUCGAGGUUCGCGCUCCUAUCAUCCAGGCCGAGCGCGAGGAAGCCAUCCGGCUCAAGAACGAGAUUGCAGAAAUGUCGGUCUUGCUCGACGAGACUGAGCGCGAGAAGGAGGAGGCGGACGAGAAGGUUGAGGAGCUUGCUGGAAAACUUGCCGACGAGCAGCGCGAGGUUCGCAUUUAUCGACAGCAGGUGCACGAUCUCUCGCGCCAGGUUCAACAACUGGUUGCCGAGCUCCAGUCGCACAUCAAAGGUGCCGGUCCUCUCUCACCCGCUGAGCUGGCUGAGCUUCGCCGCCUGAUGGAGUCGACUUCGUCAGAUGCUGGUGGCGAAGAGUCAGACACCGGAGCUUUAAUCUCCGAGAGACUUGUGACAUUCAAAAGCAUUAUCGAGCUUCAACAGCAGAACCAGAACCUGCUGCGCGUGACGCGCGAGCUAGGUAGUAAGCUUGAGCACGAAGAGGCCGAGACGCGUCGACGGAUGGAGAAUCUCGAGGCGGCGGCGAUAGAGGAGAAGCAGAAGGUGAUUGACAAUCUCGAGCUUGAGCUCAAGCGGACAAAGACCAAGAUGGAUGCCUACCAGCGCGAGCGUGAUAUGUUUAGAAGCAUGCUUUCUGGCAAGGAUCAGGCGCCAGAGCAGCAGGUGGCAGCAUUACCUGCGCCAGCACCGGUGUCUGUCGAUCACGAUAGCGUGCCCAGGUCGACGUACGAGGAAACGCUGGCCAAGUAUGAAGAGGCAUCGACCAAACUUACAAAGAUCGAGACCGAGUACGCCGAUCUGCAGGCCCAGUACGACGCCUACAAGACCGAGAUGGCGGUCGAUCUCAAGUCUGUCAAUGACGAGCUUUCGAGAAUCUCAGAGGAGCGCUCUACUCUCCAACAGGAGAUUGGCCGGUCGCACACACAGCUCGAGCUCUCCAACGAGCGUCUGAAGAUCAUUACCGAAAACUUCGAAAUGACAAAGAAGGAGAACGAUCGUCUGCAGGCGCGGGUGGCUGAAGUUAACAAGAACUCUGCCAAACAGGAGACGCUUACGAUGCAGCUUGCGAACGAGGUCACCGAGAUCAAGACCGAGCUUGAGUCACUACGAAACCAGAACGCCCAGCUGAAGGCCGAAAAGUCUCUGUUUGAGUCAAUCAAGCAGAGAUUGACGGCCGAGAAUGAGACGCUGACGGGCGAGCGCACGAGACUCACCGACUUGAUUUCGUUUCUGCAGUCGGUCGAGGCCGAGCGGGAAAAGUCAGAUACCGAAGUGCGGAACCGGCUUGUGGCGCAGGUCGAGAGCUUGCAAGGCGAGGUUGCGGAGCACAAGAAGAAGCUCGAGGACGAGACCGACAAUCUGCGGAAUCUGAACACGAGACGCGAGUUUGAGACGAAGGAGUUCACAGAGAAGAUUGAGAAGAUCUCUCAGGAACUCGCGUCGACGAAGGAAGCUCUGGCCGAGUCGAAGCAAACCGAAGAGCAGCUCAACACCAAGAUUGGCGAACUCACAUCCUCGCUUGCGGAUGCGGAAGAGAAGGUUACGAUGUACAAGCGCCAGAUCGAAGAGGAAGGGUUCAGUGUUGUACGCACGCUCGAGAGCGAAGUUGCCGAGCUCAAGACCGCGCUCGAAGCCGCACGCGCCGAACUCGAGGCGUCGAAGGACAAUGCCGAGCGUCUGACUGAGAUUGCAAAGGCAGCCGAAGACGCGCUCGAGUCGAUGAACAGUACUCACGAUCAGUACAAGAGUCAAGUUGAGGAGCAGCUCAAGGCCAAGACCGCAGAUAUCGAGGGUUUGAAGAGUGAAGUUUCGCGUCUUACAAAAGAGCUUGUGGGGUCGACCGAGGAGCUUGCGAAGGUGCAGGAGGCGGCGGUCGAGGAAAAACGUCACCAUUCGCUUGUUAUGCGCGAGCUGCAUGAAGAACUCAGGGAGGCUAAGGCAGCCGAGAAGCGACUUCGAGCGGCCGUCGCGGCGGUGCAGAACGAUAUCCGCCGACAGGUCGAGAUCACGAAGCAGGCACAGGGCAACUACGAGGAAGAGCUUUUGAAGCACGCGGCGGCGGCGCAGGAAGUGCGGAAAUUGAAAACCAGGAUUAAUGACCAGGGCGAUCAGAUUAGUCGUCUGCGGGCAAAGGCAGAGAGAGCUACUGCCGAGCUGGAAACGAAUGUGUCUAGCUGGGAGACGCAAAAACUUGCUUAUGAGAAGGAGGUCGAGGAACUCAAGGCGAGGGCUGAAUCGUUGGUUGAGCAGAAUAAGUUGCUGCAUCACCAGCUUGAGUCGCUCAGCACGCAGGUUACACGUGUCCAGAAGCAGAGACGACUAUCAGUAGCUCCUUCAGCCCCUGGAACGCCUAUGCGCGGAGGUGCUUGGGUUCCGAGCACGCCAGGGACACCAGCCGAUGGACUUAUUGCCGCCGCCGCCGCCGUAGAAGCAGCUGAAAGAGCCAUACCAGCUCCCGGUACACCAGCAGCGGCGACGGAGACUCAGGAGACUGAGGCUGAUGUCAGUGCAGCGGAAGCAGCGGCGGAUAGCGCGACGGAAGAUCUACAUGAGAUCAUCAAGUUCCUGCGACACGAGAAAGAGCUUGUGGACGCGCAGCUGGAGAGCAAGUUGCAAGAGACGAAGCGGUUGCAACAGAGGCUUGACCACACGCUGUCGGAAGUGCAUGAUUUGCGAGUCGAGCUAGCGGCAGAGCGGGAGAUGCAAGCCACGGCGCCGAAGAGCAGUGCGGAGUACGCGGAGCUGCUGGAGAAGGUUGAUAAUAUCAAUAUUCUGCGGGAGAGCAAUGCGGCGCUGCGGACGGAGACGAGACGGAUGACGGAUCGGAUUAGGUCGCUUGAGAGCCUGGUGACUGAUCUGCGCGGGCAGAUUAACCCGCUUGAGGAUAGGCUUGCGAACGCGAGUGCUGAAGUUGAAGCGAAGCAGUCGAGGAUUAAGAUUUUGGAGGAGGAUAAUGAGCGGUGGAAGAGUAGGACGCAGCAGAUUCUGCAGAAAUAUGAGCGGAUUGAUCCUGUUGAGCUGCAAAAUCUCAAGGAAGAGGUGGAGAAGCUUAAGGGAGAGAUUACAAAGAUGACUGCUGAACGAGAUGAGCUGCGAACGCAGGCGCAGAAGGCGACGAAGGCUAGAGAGGAAGCGGUUGGCAAGAUCAAGGAGGAGCUUGAGAAGGCGGUGAAGGAGAAAGAGGAGGUGGUAAAGAAGAAGGAGGAGGAAGUUGCAAAGUUGAAGGAGGAAUUGGAGGGUGCUAGUAAGAGCUUGGCUACAGAGAAGGAGCAGGCGGAAGCAGCGAAUACCAAGGCAGAGAAGCUACGAGCCGAGUUCAACCGACGAUUGCGGGCGAUGCGUGACCAGCAAAAGGCCGACAACGAGAAGAACGCGACGGAGGCAGCGACGAAGGCGACAGAGAUUGAGGGCUACAAGACGCGGAUCAGCGGGCUGGAGGCCGAGACUACGUCGCUGCAGAGUCAGAUUGCGGUGAAGGAGACGGAGCUUGAGCAGGCAAAGGUUGCUGCUAGUGCUGCGAGCGCUGCGAGUGCUGCUACUACUGCGCCGGGUACACCUGCGGCAACUGAGACACCUGCUGCGCCAGGUACACCAGUCAGUGUGCCAGUAGCUGCAGAUACGGGAUCGAACGAGCAAGUUGCAGCGCUGGAGAAGAAGAUUGGUGAGCUGACAGGAGAGCUAGAGAAGGCGCAGGCCGAGGUGAAGACGUUGAAGGCUACGAACGAGUCUCUGAGCGGCGAGCUCGCAAAGGCUAAGGAAGAGCUGGCAGCUGCAAAGGCCGAGGCCGAAACCGCCCGGAAGGAGGCCGAGGUAGUGAAGGCUAACGCGGGCGGAGAAGGCGGGUCGGGGGAUGGAGCGGCGGCGAUGGCAGCAUUGCGAGCGGAGCUGGAAGCCAAGCACAAGAGUGAAGUUGAGCAGGCAUUGGCAGCGAAAGUGGCAGAGCUUGAGGCGCAGAAGAAUGAGAUUAUCAAGAGUACGAGGGAGGCGGCGCAGAAGGAAUCUGGGAUGCGGAUGCAGCUUUUGCAGAAGAAGGCCGAGAAGGCGGAAAGUGACAAGAUUGCAGCGCAGCAGGAGCUGGCGAGGUUGAAGGGUGGGCAGCCUGCUCAACAGCAGCAGCAGCAGCAGCAGCAGCAGCAGCCAGUACAGAGAUUACAGGGCCCACAGCAUCGUCAGAUUCCACAGCCGGGAAUGUCUGCUCGUGCACAGCCUUUUACACCCGCAGGACCAGCACAGGCAGGAAUGGGCAGCCCGGGAUUACAAACAGGAGGUAACUCGCCUACGCCGACUGGAGCUUCAGGUGCGUCGACGCCGGGAGGUAACAAGCCGCCGAUGUAUAUGAUUGGUGGGCAGCAAGGAGCAGCGCGGGUGUUAGCAGGAGGAGCACAAGCUAGUCCAGCGGUGCAGCAAGUGCAAGCACAGCCGCAGCAGCCGCAGCAGCAGCAGGGACAGACGCCGGCAGCAAAGGGACUACAGAUCCAAGGCGCAGCGACAGGAGCUGCGCCAGCACCACGGAAGCCGGCGAUCCAGUCGAUUGUGCAGGCGAUAUCGCAGCCGAGUUCAGCAGGAUCAUCGCCGCCGCCGGCAGCGGCGGGUGCACAGCCGAGUGGAAUUCCGGUGGCAGGCGGCGGAGGCGGAGGCGGGGCAGCGGGGGGAUCGCGGCUGCCGACGCUGCAGAGGCCGGGGGUGCAGCAUCCGUCUCGGCCAGGCGGAGCCGGAUCGCUUGGGUUGCUGGUGCAGCAUCUGCAGCCGGGGGCGCGACGAGGGCCGCAGAUUAUGCGACCGGGCGCGCCACAGGCGGGAGGUGCAGGCGGAGGCGGUGGGGAGGGACCGCAGGGCACGAAGCGGGAGCGCGAGGAGGACGCGAGCGGCGGUGGAGGCAGCGGCGGAGGGAGUGGCGGCGAGGGCGGGGAGGGGAGCGGGGGCAAGCGACGGAAGGAGGAGGCGGAGUAG